UGUAGGACAAGCAUCUGGGCAUGCGCUCCUCUUUUGACCCUGUCACUCCACCACUACUAUUAUGGCGGCAGCAGUUCCUGUGCCCCAAUUUCGACCAGUUACACACCUGAUAUUUGACCUGGACGGACUUCUUCUGAAUACUGAAGAUUUAUAUACUGAUGUGUUUGAAGAAAUAUGCAAUCGCUAUGGGAAGAAAUACAACUGGGAUGUUAAGUCCCUGGUCAUGGGGAAGAAGGCUCUAGAAACCGCACAGACCAUAGUAGAGUUCCUCAAUUUACCCAUAUCCAAAGAAGAACUAUUGAAAGAAAGUCAGGAGAAGCUGCAGAUGGUGUUGCACACAGCUGGAUUCAUGCCGGGAGCUGAGGAAUUGAUCCACCACCUGAAGAAACACCGCUUACCCUUUGCCCUGGCCACCAGCUCCGAGACCGUUACCUUCCAAACAAAGACCAGUAGACACACAGGAUUCUUUGGUCUAUUUCACCACAUCGUUCUGGGGGAUGAUCCUGAAGUAAAGAAUGGCAAGCCAGGCAUGGACAUAUUUCUAACCUGUGCCAAGAGGUUCUCUCCUCCCCCUGAUCCAAAAGACUGCCUCGUCUUUGAAGAUUCUCCAAAUGGAGUGGAGGCAGCCAUAACCUGUGGGAUGCAGGUCGUCAUGGUACCUCAUGAAAACCUGAGCGCAGACCUAACACGAAAAGCCACCCUGGUGCUGAGUUCCCUCCUCGACUUCAAGCCUGAACUGUUUGGUCUACCUGCCUUUAGGGAAUAAGGGUGAAGGGUGACGGUGCUGCUGUGGGCCUCAUGUAACCCAACGUUUGCUCAGGACCCAUGUUGCUGAGUGGAAACAUUAGGAAAUCAACAGCAUCCAACUUGUAACCUUUCUUGUCACUGUAGGUUAUAAAGUCAUGGGUUCC